GUAAGUUAGAGUUUAUUAUUUAUACAUACUCUAGGCUAACAUAUGUUUUUAUGUUAAAUUUGGUAUAAGAAAUGAAAAACCCCAAAGCCAUGAACAUUUAAUAAAGGAAUUCAAGAAUUGAAAAGUUUUUAAAAAAAUUGGGGAAAUUUUGGAAAAAUAAGAAUCAGGAGAAUAGAUACCAUGUUAAGCAAGAUGAACUAAAUCAAAACGAUAAAAGAAUACUGGAAAAAAUUGACCGAUUUCAUCAGAAAAGGCUAAUGUUGAACAGUUGGGCUGGGAUGAACAUUUAAUGAAGCUAUUUUGAAUCUAAUCCUUAAAACGAGCAUUAUUCAAUUACAACGCCAGAUUAAACAAUCCAAAGAAAAACGGUUGAGCCCAAAUGCAUAUUAAAUACAGAAAUUCGAUUUGCUAUCAAGUCACCAUCGUUGAAGCAACACAGAAAACCCUCAAUCCAAGUCUGUGGUCUCAGCAAAAACAGGAGAACAUUCACCAUCCCCAGAUUGUGUUUCUGGGGCCUGAAUCAAACAAUAACAUUGUUCUUUGAUAUCUUUUUUGAUACCCUUCUUUGAUACCUUUCUUUGAUACCUUUCUUUGAUACUCCUCUUUGAGACCUUUCUUUAAGACCGUUCUUUAAUACCAAAAACCGAGCCGGAAGAAAGCCAACUGUGCGUAUAUGCACCUCCACACCCAUCCAUGCGUCCCAGGCGUUUCUGACCCAAUCGCACGUCUGGACACAAAGGCAGAGGAAGUU